GCAUUUUCCACUAGAUUUAAACGACUAUAAAUAGAAUGGAAACAUGGCCAUUGCUAUAACUAAUCAUGAUCUUCUAUUUUGCAAUAUUUUUCCCAUUUGUAGUCGUUUCGGCCAUUUCAAGUGGUCGAGUUGACGUCCUGGUGUUUCCGUCGGUGGAAACAUCGAGAUCUGGAGUGAAGACGGUCAAAUUCCGAGCUCUAAACAAAGAAAUAGAAGUGAAAUUAGAACCUGCUGGCGAAAUAUUGGCGGAAAACUUCGCACUGCUUGAUGCGAACAAUCGAAUACUUCCCUCGAUCGAAGUACAAGACUUGAAAAGAAAAAUGUACAGAAAUAGCACUAAUGGAGCAGCUUUGUUGAUCGAUGAAGAAGGACCUGUCAAAAUUGAAGGAAUUGUGAAUUCAAACUUGAGAAUUGAACCGUAUGAGUCGGGAAGGACGGAUAGAGAGGGAAGAAUUCCUCAUCAAAUUGUGAAAGUUAUAAGUGACAAAAACUCUUUUGGCGAUGACGGAGUCAUGCCUAUAGGUGUUAAAGAAACAGUAGAGAAAGUGGAGAGAAUGGCCAGAGACGAUCAGUGCAUAGUGCUGAAAUAUCUGAUCUUAUCAGAAAGUAACUUUACCAGAUAUUUGAAAAGAGAGGAAUAUCUAGAAAAAUUUGUUGCUCGUAUGUUUAUCGAGGUACAAAACAUAAUUGAUACGUUAGAAUUGGGAAUAAAACUUUCCGUUAUUGGAGUUAUUUUGUACAAGAGAAAUACGGAUCCAUCUUAUAUACACGAGAGUGCAAUACCGGGAUACGAACGACAUCUUAAUGCUUACGACUUACUUGAUAAAAUGUCUUACUAUUACUGUUAUCACGCUACUGGUUUGGCUGUAGAUGCUGAUAUUAUCAUGCUAAUUGUCAAUCGUAAAUUGGGCUCGCUAAAUAAAGAUAAUUCAGUUAGUUUGAAUGUACUCGGCAUUGCGUACACAACCGGUGUUUGCAAGAGAUGUACUAAAGUUGGCGUGGUUACUAUCGAUCCACUCAAUCAUCCUGAUAGAGCUUGGGUAGUAGCACAUGAAUCAGGACAUCUACUUGGAAGCGUGCACGACGGAGAAGAUGCCAAUAAAAUCGGAUUUCCUGGAAAUCCUGGAGCAUUAGAUUGUCCAUCAUCAGACGGAUACAUUAUGGGAGGUCGAAGAAAUGGUAACGAGAAUAAAUUUUCCAAAUGCUCUAAAGAAUCCAUCAAAUAUACAUUAUCGUAA